CCUAACCAAUUCCUUGUCGCCUUGCUUCGGCUCUAUCGUUUAUCUGGCGUUGAAUGUCUGGACGGCUUAUGUCUGCUUUUAUCGACGCUUUUAAUGCACUUAUUGCCUGUUCUAUUUCUUGGUGGCAUAUCGUACAAAAAGUGACUGCUAUCGCUAAAUUACACGUACACAGUACAAAUCAGCUCUUGUUCUAUCUUAAUGUUUUUGUGAAUUGUUAUAUUUUGGAAACAAAUGUCCUAUGCAUGCUGGAAAUUCGGGUUUGUAAAGCCCUCGGAAGACAAAAGAAUUCGAGCCUAUUCACAUACUUCAUCUUUCCGUGGGCAAACAAAAAUGAUUUCGUUACAGUCUUGGGUCCUCAUCUGCCUCGUUAGUAUUGCAGCCAUGAAGAUUAAAGAUUCGGAUGCAUCUAUGCCUGCAACCCUGCCGACACAAACCGUCACUAGUGGAAGUACAGUAGAAAUCAAGGUUACGGACGACGCCGGUACGAAGUAUCGUUGGUGUGUAUUUGGCAUUUGGAAUGCCGAUGACAUCAAUCCAAAUCCAUGGCUGUCAGAUGUAAAUAACUAUAAAGGGGAAAAUGAAGUGGAGGUAAUUCCUGGCACGGCGUAUGAUGGCAGGGUUUCAUUCUUUGGAGAUUUGAACGUUGGCAAAGCGUGGUUCAGGAUAACUGAUGUGAAAGAAGAAGACAGUAACCGAUAUAAAAUGCGCUGUAAUAGUAACCAGGGGAAGUUUUAUCAUCCAGUGAUGGAACUGAAGGUCUUGCCCGCUGAAAAGGAGUGGGAACCGCUGGGUUGCUACGAGGAUAGCAGCGAUCGCGCCUUGUCGUUUUAUCACGGAAAAAUUAAAUUCGAUGAUUCACCAGGAGGUUUCAAAAGAAUGUUUGAAGAGUGCAAAAAAAAGCAGAGGAAAAAGGGUUUGAAUACUUUGGAAUACAGCACAAGACAGAAUGCUGGGCAUCGCCAAAAAAUGAAGAAAUAACCUACAACCUGCACGGUUGUAAAAACAACUGCUGGCAUCACGA